AUGAAUAUAACAUCUCUUUACACUGUCAUUCCCAAUGACGAAGGUCUCCGGGCCCUCAAACAUUUUUUUGAUCUACGCACUGUUAAGGAACCUAGCUCUGAAACACUGCUCCGUCUGGCCGAACUAGUACUCACACUCAAUUGUUUUUCAUUCGGUGGUAACUACUACAAACAAACUAAUGGCGUGGCCAUGGGUACUAAAAUGGGACCCAGCUACGCCAAUCUUUUUGUAGGUUUCAUCGAACACCAUUUUUUUAGCCAAUACCACGGCCCAAAACCUCAACUCUACGGCCGCUACAUUGACGAUUGCAUCGGCGCUACCUCCUCUACCAAGGAGGAGCUCACUCAAUUUAUAACCGCCGUCAAUUCCUUUCAUCCGGCCCUUAAAUAUACCUGGCAAAUUUCCGACACUUCUUUGGCUUUUCUAGACAUCAAAAUUUCUAUUGAAGGCAACGGCUUAUGUACUAGUGUUUACUACAAACCUACACAUUCACAUAGUUACUUGUUGUAUUCAUCCUCACAUCCAUCACACGUCAAGAACUCCAUACCUUUUUCACAGUUUCUCAGACUUCGUCGUUUAUGA